AUGAUCUCCGGGCAAGGAGGAUCACUAGAAGACACCACUGCUUACAGCUACAGGGGAACAGGGGUCCCUGGAGGUGUGAUUGCUUAUAUCAGCUCCUCAAGCUCAGCCUCCAGCCCUGCCUCUUGUCACAGCGAGGGUUCAGAGAGUGGGUUCCAAUCCUCUCCUUCUUCGGUCCCAUCAUCUCCAAACAGUUCUGCGUCAUCAGAUUGCAAUGGCAACAGUAGUACCGAAGGCACUUCAAAGAGCGACCGGACAGAUGGCCCUCUGAAAACCAGCAAAUCUGGUGUCACUGGGAUGACCAAGGGUCCCGCAGGGGCUACAAAGUUCAGUGGUAUGGUUCUACUCUGUAAAGUCUGUGGGGAUGUGGCGUCAGGAUUCCACUAUGGAGUUCAUGCGUGUGAAGGCUGUAAGGGCUUCUUCAGGAGAAGUAUUCAACAGAAUAUCCAGUAUAAAAAGUGCCUGAAGAAUGAGAACUGUUCUAUCAUGAGGAUGAACAGGAAUAGAUGUCAGCAGUGCCGCUUCAAGAAAUGUCUGUCUGUUGGGAUGUCACGAGAUGCUGUUCGGUUUGGUCGAAUUCCUAAGCGUGAAAAACAGCGAAUGCUGAUGGAAAUGCAGAGUGCCAUGAAGACCAUGAUGAACAGCCAGUUCAGUGGUCAUUUGCAGAGUGAAGCAUUAGUAGAACGUCAUGGACAGACAACCUCGCCUGUCCAGGAACAGCUGCGACCCAAACCUCAGAUGCAACAGGAGACCAUGAAAAGUCCCUCUCCUCCGCCUUCAGACUUUGCAAAGGAAGAAGUAAUUGGCUUGGUGACCAGAGCUCAUCAGGAUACCUUUAUGUAUAACCAAGAGCAGCAAGAGAGCUCCACUGAGGUCCUGCAGCAUUCCAGGGGAGAAAGGAUCCCAAAGAACAUGGAGCAGCAUUAUAACUUAAACCAUGACCGUUGUAGCAGUGGGCUUGGGGGCAGCCAUUAUCCCAGUAGUGAGAGCCAACACCACCUCAGCAGACAGUACAAAGGGAGGAGCAUCGUGCAUUAUCCCAAUGGGCGUGCCAUUUGUAUUACAAAUGGACACUGUGUGAACUUCUCCAAUGGCUAUACUCCAAGAGUAUGUGAUCGAAUACUGAUUGAUGGAUUUUCUCAGAAUGAGAACAAGAAUAGUUACCUGUGCAACACUGGAGGGAGAAUGCAUCUGGUGUGUCCAAUGAGUAAGUCUCCAUAUGUGGAUCCUCAUAAAUCGGGCCAUGAAAUCUGGGAAGAGUUUUCCAUGAGUUUUACCCCAGCAGUGAAAGAAGUGGUUGAGUUUGCAAAGCGUAUUCCAGGGUUCAGAGAUCUUUCCCAGCAUGACCAGGUCAACCUUUUAAAAGCAGGGACCUUUGAGGUUUUAAUGGUACGAUUUGCAUCCCUGUUUGAUGCAAAGGAACGUACUGUGACCUUUCUCAGUGGGAAGAAGUAUAAUAUGGAUGACUUGCGUUCAAUGGGAGCUGGAGAGCUACUCAACUCCAUGUUUGAAUUUAGUGAAAAACUAAAUUCUCUACAACUCAGUGAUGAGGAGAUGAGUUUGUUUACAGCUGUAGUCCUAGUGUCUGCAGAUCGUUCAGGAAUAGAAAAUGUCAACUCUGUGGAGGCUUUACAAGAAACCCUCAUUCGUGCGUUAAGGACCUUAAUAAUGAAAAAUCAUCCGAACGAAGCCUCUAUUUUUACAAAACUCCUUCUGAAGCUGCCAGAUCUGCGUUCUUUAAACAACAUGCACUCUGAAGAGCUUUUGGCCUUUAAAGUUCACCCUUAGAGCUGUUCGUUUAUUUAUACAUGGAUUGGUUCAUGCAGACUGUACAUUUUGUGCUAAAAUGCUUAUUUAUAGGUUUGUACCUUAUGUGGAGAAAGAGAAAUCCUUGAGACAUUACACGAUUGUUAGAGAUCCCUGUAAUCAUGCAAUAAUCCUGAGAACUUUCUGGCCACCUGGUCCUGCAACUGAGAGCAUCCUCCAUGAUAUACACCAAAUCAGCUGUGUCGCACUUAAACAGGAGAAGCUACACUGAAUUAUAAUCACACUGAAUGUUAAGGCUUUUUUCAUCUGCCAAAACCAAAAAGAAUUUUUUAUCUCCCUGUGGUAUAAACAAUGAAAAGGAUAUGGGCCCUGAAGUUAUCCUACUUGCAUGGAACUUCCCAAUCCCAGACCUCUGUUUGACCCCACGGCAGGCAGGGUGAUAUAAUGAUUAAUAAUCCAGGAGCUCUGUGGGCUGUCCCUGGCUCUACCACCCGCGGGGCCGCUUGCUUCGGAUCCCAGGUCAGCCACAUUAAGUCUCAGGCCUUGGUUUCCUCAUACAGAAAAUAAGGCGCCUCGCUCCUCUCUCUGCCUGCUUCACUGUAGCAUCGUGAGGGUUAAUUGGAAAAUGUCUGUAAAGCAUAUUUACCUCCUGGGAGAUAGGCACUAUGUAAAUAAAGCAUUAUUUUUCUUCUACUCCUAAAUAACUUUUUUGAAAUGAUUUCAGUCCACACCAACUCAUUCAUUGUUUAGGACACAUGCACAUGUGUCUGUAAAGAAAUACAGACACAUUGCAUGUUUAUGAAUAUAUGAAAUAACAUAAUUUUGUGUACAAAUAUGUAUGUGAAUAUAGUUUUACAUAUUUCUUCACAAUAUUUUAAACUGUGAAGAAGUUUAUCAUACAAGAGGUUUAAAAAUAGAGAUAUGAAAAGAAUCAAAUAGGUACACUUACUGCCUACUGAUAAAUUAACCAUCACUUGCAAAUGUUUAGCUGUUAUCAGAUCGAAUUUAUGCUCUAUUUUUGUUAAUUUAAAGAACUCGUAAUGUAAAUGUGCAACAAUUAACUCCAAACUUAAGUAAUAUACUUUAGAGUCUGCCUUUGGGAAAUGAGAAUUAAUUGUCCAAGGUAUUAGUUAAUUUAACAGCCCAUUCAGCUCAGAUUCCAAGCUUGAGCUGAUAAAAGUUGAGCUGCCCACCACUAUUCAUGUACUAUCACACUGCUUUAAAAAAAAGAAAAGAAAAGAAAAAAAAAUAGUCGCAAAAUGGUUAAGAACAUUGAUUCUUUCUGCAGAACUAUAAUAACCUGUAGUUUAAGGAAUAUCGUAUUUAACAUGUUAAUAGCAUAUUUUUCAUAUUUGGAGACCAUUUUUUUACACUACAAAGAGUUUUUUGUUUCAUUAUUAAAUAGAGUUUAAAUCUGAAAUUAGAAAGACUCAAUCCAGUGGCCUAAUGACCUUCUCUCUGCCAUGCACAUCUAGUCUAGGCCCUGCAGGCUUGGAGGGAGGUGGCAUGUGCAAAGACUGUUUACCCAAAAAGAAUAUUGGGAUUUUGUUAAUUCCACUUUGUGAAAAUGGCCUCUCAUUUGUAGCAAUAAGGAAGAAUGCCCAAUGGGAGGUGCUGGCUUGUGUUUCUCUUCUCCUGUCACUGUCCAGAAAAGGAGAGUUUAGUGGGAUUCUUUGAAAAAGAGGUGUCCGUCUCCUUUGUCCCUUAUACUAGAUGAAAGGAGCCCAGUUUCCUGUUACGCCUGUUACUGUCAUGUAAUGAAUGUGAGGAGCAAAAUGCCUUAUUUUCUAGUCUCAUUACUGCUCAAGAGCACUGCGACUAGGACUCGAACUGCUGUCCCGUGACCUAGCCCAGUGGGGGAGGGAAGUAUGGCGCCAUUUCUGAUACCAUCUCUCUAAACCAUAAUUGGGAUUGACCUUCGACUGGGUGUGACUCUUGCGGACUAUUUAUUGUAGUUUCUAUGAAUUCUUUACUUGGUAGCAUUAUCUUUUUGAGAUUUCUUAUUUUUGAAGAUAUCAAGGACAUGGUUUCCUUUUUUUUUUUUUUUUUGCGGGAGUAGACACAGCUUUUUUGGGGUAUGUUUGGGGAAAAAAAAGGUCAAAUUAAUACCCAGUUUUUGCCUUUUGCAUAUGCCUCUUUAUCACAUGUAUCUUAAAAAAAUUAUUAAGCCUUUAGGAAUGUAUAACCAGAAAUGUGUAAGUAUUGCUUAUUAAAAUUUUAGUUAGGUUCAGUAUAUACAUACAUCUAUCUAUAUGUAUAUAUAUAGGUAUAUAGAUAUGUAUUUUGUCUUGUGACAUUUUAUUUGAAUGAAUUCUUCCUGUAGAUGAUGGGAAAUGAACAGAGAAUUCCUAUGAAAACAAGGUUCCACUCACAGCACUUGUGUGUUGGAAAAUGAUCCCGAUAUUGAAACCUCGAAUUCCAAAAUUAAGCCAGCAAUGUUUUUACAAGCACAUUCUUUUACCAAGUCACCGAUUAUACACUACACUUAUUAAAUGCUGAGAAGACAACCGAUAUAUAGACAGACAACUUUCUCAGUAGAUGGGACAUUGCUGAUUGAUGAAUAAUGUACUGUAUGAAUUCAGUGACGUUUUAAUUCUUUGCAUUUUAAGAAACAUUAUGGGCAUUAUGUCAGCAAACUAAGGGCAUUAUGUCAGCAAACUAAAUCUUGUCUGUGCUUUUCAUGUAUCUUUCUAUGACCUGGGGAAGGGUCAGCUUGUAGACAGAACAGCUGAGGAAAAAGGCAAGCACUUCCUGUCUUCCUGGGAGGCACUUUUUCUUAAAGGGGAGGGGAGGGGAAGACAAGUGGCAAAUUAAUUGCAGGUUUAAAAAAUUUCAGAGCAGGUAAUGUAUGUGGGUUAAGUGUUUAUCUUUCAAAACUACAUUUCAAGAAAUUAAUGUAACCUGAUAAGAUAUGAUUUAUUUUCUGUAAACAUGGGCUAGACUUAUUACUGUGCACGAAAAUAACUGCUUAGCUCCAUUGUUACGUUUCUUUUCCAAUAUCAAGUUUGCUGAAUGUAAAAGAAGAGUUUAUCACUUAGGAUAUAGAAUUUUUUUUAGGGGGGGAGGGAGGAGCAUCUUGAAAUCAUGACUGACAAACAAGGAACUUGUCUUCAUGUGAUCCAGAAUAAAACUUGAAGCUAUCCUUGCAUUAAAAAGAAAAGAAAUGGUUAUCGAGUGGUUUUUCUUUUUGUUUUUUAAGUGAGAGAAAUGCAUUAUUGUAGCCAGAACACAGGUUCAGUUUAUUGACAAAACUAUAACUGAUGAGGGCAUGGGCAAUAUCUCAUCCUGUGUUUCUGAAUGGUAGCCUGUACAUGGGAUGGGGCGGAUAAUAAAUAUUAUUUCUAACCAA